UUGCCUCGCGUUCGGCGGCUCGCGGGCUGCCCGUCUUGGAGUUCUGACUCGGCUUGGAGAUACUUGUGUACGCCUGCAGUGUCUGACCCCGCGGAUGGCGAGGGAUCUGAUUGGGCCGGCCCUGCCGCCCGGCUUCAAGGCCGGCGGGUCGGCGGAGGACGAGGAGCGGGACUCCAGCCCCGUUGCAGGACCGGCUCUGCCCCCUAAUUAUAAAAGCAGUAGUUCAGAGUCAUCAGACAGCGACGAGGACAGUAGUUCUUUGUCCGAAGAAGGAAAUCAAGAAUCUGAAGAAGACGACACUGGUCCACCGGCACGAAAACCGAGGAGAAAUCCAGAUGAUGAUGACGAUGAUGAUGAUGAAGGGUUUUUUGGACCAGCUCUUCCUCCUGGGUUUAAAAAGCAAGAUGAUUCUCCUCCACGGCCUAUGAUAGGUCCUGCUCUACCACCUGGUUUUCUUAAAUCUACACAGAAAAGUGACAAAAGCAGAAGUGAUCCAGGACAAGUGUCAUCAUAUUUCAACUCUGAGAAGGAAACGGAUAGCAGUGAGGAGGAAGACAUUGUCGGGCCGAUGCCUGCCAAAGGACCAAUUAACUCCAGUGUAACAGCAGAGUUUGAAAAGAGGGCCCAGAGAAUGAAAGAAAAACUGACUAAAGGAGACGAGGAUUCAUCUAAACCAAUUACGAGAGAGUCUUGGAUGACUGAACUUCCUCCAGAAAUGAAAGACUUUGGUCUCGGGCCCAGAACUUUCAAGAGAAGAGCUGAUGGCAAAUCUGGAGACCGAUCAGUCUGGACCGACACGCCAGCCGACAGGGAAAGGAAAGCUAAGGAGAUGCAAGAAGCAAGAAAGUCAUUCAGUAAGAAGGAUGAAGAAUAUAUACUGUCAGGAAGGGAUAAAAGAUUGGCUGAGCAAGUCUCCUCAUACAAUGAAUCAAAAAGGUCAGAAUCUCUUAUGGACAUUCAUCAUAAAAAAUUAAAGAAUAAAGCUGCUGAAGAUAAAAAUAAGCCCCAAGAGAGAAUACCAUUUGACCGUGAUACAGAUCUCAAAGUUCAUCGAUUUGAUGAAGCUCAGAAAAAAGCCUUGAUAAAGAAAUCUAGAGAACUAAACAGCAGGUUUUCACAUGGCAAAGGCAAUAUGUUUUUAUAAGGGGAUUUCCCUGUGCAAUGAAGAAGAGUUGAAGAAUACCCCUUUUUUCUGUCCCUCCACCUUUAUUCCUUUCUUUUGAGUUUCUUAAGAUUAGAGGAUGACUUUGGUCUAAAAAACCAAAAAGAUUUAUUACCUUGUUCUGUGCGUCCUUUAAAAUCACAUGAAAACAUAAAACCGGUGUGUCUUUUUAGAGGAGAAUUUUAUUUAUGUGUCUUUGGCUUCUGAGGACAUGUGGGCUUUUCUUCAAAUAAUCAUUUUUAGGAUCCUCCCACCCACCCUCACAAGUGCUCCAUGAGAUCUGCUCAGGCCGAUCGAGGGCGUCUCUCCCACAGCCCGAACCCCCAUCAGAUAUCACCAGCCUGCCCUGAGAGACUGAGUGGGAAUCCCUUCCAGUGCAUCCAUGAAUUUGAAGCUGUUCUGGUUUCCCUCUAAACUGCAGUCAGUGAACAGACAACAUUUACUUGAAAAUAGAGGGUGUGAAGGUUUUUUCUAUUUUGUUAGCAGUUUGCUUGUUUGGUCUGUCAGAGCUUUUUCUUUGUGGUUUGGGUUUUUUGGUUGGUUGAUUGGUGUCACAAAGAGGGACCUGUGCAUGUGCUAAAGAAAAACCAUUUUGAUUUUUCCAACUUUAGUAAGUAAUCCUAGAGGAUGCCUUCAGAGGUCACACCAUUAACUAUUAGUGGUGUGAAGUCUGAGACCUGGUCUCUGUGUUCUUCACCGAAGCUUUGUAAAUCUUUAAACUGCCUCAGGAUGAUCUGACUUGGCUCAUUUAUAUGUAACAUGUUUUAGCUGAUUCAUUGUGGACAGAUCUUUGCAAUCAACCAUGAAUAACUUUUUUUUAAAAAAUCAAGCUCAUAUUCCCCAGAUAUAAAAAUGGAAACUAAUCAAAGCCACCAUGAUGGAGGAUGGUAAGCCUGUGAUGCUUCAAGCACUGCCUCUGAAGAUGUUAAAUAGAAAAUUCUCAACAGUUAAGCCUAAAUUCAAAUUCUGGAAGUUAUACUUUCUUACAGAUUAGCCCCAAUUGUUCUGCUAGUUCUGUGUUCUAGUUCUGAUGAUGCACAUGGUUUUAAUGGGAAAAGAUUCUGAGUCCUAGUUCAUUUAGGCCUCAUGAAAAUUGAGUAAAUUGUUCAGUCAGAUUGUGGGCCAGAUUUUUCUUCUUCUGACUAUAGAACUACAAUGAUACCUUCCAUAAGAGUAAUCCACUCAAGAGUGAUACUGUUUAAAAGAUGAAUUUUUUUCUCCUAAGCAAAUUGAAGAAGUUCCUAGUCUAAGCAGAAUUGAACAGAGCUACCUUUUGACUAAAGGCA